UUAUUUCCAAUUUUGUGGUGCGAUUUUUUUUUUACUCAAUUUCGUAUAAAUACAACAGAACGUGUUCGGCGAUUACCAAUAUCAAAGUUGCAUUUGCCCAUCGAAUACUGGACGUGAUAAAGUUACUCAUUCGACCAACAAACGACGACAUUAGUAAGGUUUAAAAUGACUAUUGAAAACGAAUUGAUUAGACUGAGUGUUGACGAUUUUCCACCCAGAAAUAAACCGUUAAUUGCAAAGUAUUUAAGGAGCUUUGCUUUUCCAGUAUUAUCAAAAUUAUCUCCAUUUAAUAUAUCAAAAACUGGUAGUUAUUUAGAAGGUAAUAAGAAUUCUAUUUUACAAAAAUAUGGAGCCGAUGCUGAAAAAGAUAUAACAUCAGUUUUGACUAAAUUGAACACAUUAAGAAAAGAAAUUUUAAGUAAUGCACCAUUUAGAGAGUUGAUUUCUGAUAAUGUUGAUGUUCAAAUAUGGAACAAACUUCUUGAAGAUUAUUCAGAUGAAGAUGGAAAACGGCCUACUUGGAUGUUUACCAAUUGGCUUUAUUGUGAAUGUUAUAUACAUCGACGUUUAUUUGAAGCUUUUGAAACAAGUAUAUACUUAAAAACCUAUGAUCCAUUUUAUGAACAAAAAAUGAAAGGUUUGGUUUCAUGUGAAGAUGCUAUGAAAAUAUUGGGCCAAUUCUUAAUUAAUUAUUUCAAUAAAAGUGAGGUUGAAAUAAAAAAUCUCCGAGAAGAUUUACCAAAAAUUAUUAAAUGUGCUUUGUGGGGAAAUCGAUGUGACCUUUCACAAACUGGAGGUGAUGCUAUUGCCCAAACUGAAAGUCCAUUGAAAUUGGUUGAUUCAUUACAAGACCUUAUGCUUGUUGAUGAAUCUUCUAAAGCAGUUGACUUCUUAUGUAACUCACUCAGUAUCACUAAUGAUGACAAAAUUUUGGAUAUUAUAUUAGAUAAUGCAGGAUAUGAACUAUUCACGGACUUGUGUUUAGCUGAUUAUUUAGUGACGUAUAAGUUUGUAAAUAUUGUAAGAUUUCAUGGUAAAGCUAUACCAUGGUUUGUAUCUGAUGUCACUAAUCAGGAUUUCAUUACUACUAUUGAUUAUAUAGCUAAUAAAUCUACAUGUGAAGGACUGAAAGAGUUAGGGAAGCGAUGGGAAAGCUAUAUGAAAUCAGGUCAAUGGAAAUUUGAAUGUGAACAAUUUUGGACAUUACCGUUUCAUUUUGGUCAGAUUAAAUUAUUAGAUAUUGAAUUGUACAACAAACUUUCACAAUCACUUUUAAUUAUAUCAAAAGGAGAUCUUAAUUAUAGAAAAUUAGUUGGUGAUGUUUUUUGGGAACCUACAGUUCCUUUCUCUCAAGCAGUUGGAAAUUUUAAGCCUUCUAAACUAAUUGCUUUAAGGACAUUGAAGUCGGAUAUCACUUGUGGCUUACCUGAGGGUCUUGCCGAAAGUAUAUCAAAAAAUGAUCCAGAUUGGUUAAAAAUAGGAAAAUAUGCUGUUAUCCACGUAGAUGGUAUUUAAAAUGUACAAUUUACAAUUUCAUUAAAAAAUAU